AUGCGCGCGGCGGAGAUGAAACGCGCGCUCGUGGACGCGGGCGUGGACGUGUCCGAUUGCUUCGAGCGGGCGGAUUUAGAGGUGAAGUACGCGGCGAUGAAGGCGAACGGCGCGGGGUCGACGCGGGCGACGGCGGACGACGCGAAGGAUUCCGGAUCGACGCGUGAGACGAAAUCUGCGAAAGAGAAGACGGCGGAUUCGAUGGCGUUUACGAACGCGCGACGGUUCUUUAAGGAAUCGAUCGAUGCGAUCAAGGAACGGAUGAGCUUGAACUCGAUUUGGUCGAGCGUUCGAGAGAAGGCGAAUCGAGUGAACGCAAAGUACGGUACCGGGAACAAGGCGAAGUCCAUGCUCGAGGACGCGCGCCGAAAGGUGAAGAGUGCAGAUGAUAAGAUGGGCGUCACGAAGUGGUUUAAGACGAACGUGCCGAAGGCGAUGGAUCAAUACGCCAAGGUGCGAAACACCCCGGUCGGUCAGUUCGCGAAUUUCAUGUUUUGGAUCUGGCUCUUCACGAGCGGGAUCUUUUGGAACUUGUUGUACUUUGGUCUCACGGCGACAUUUUUGGUGAACAUGUUCAUGCCGUCGUUGAUUACGGAUCAAGUCCAAAACAUGCAGCGACGUGCGCAGGAACAGAUGAACGCUCGAGGCGGCAUGGGCGGCAUGGGCGGCAUGGGCGGUAUGGGCGGUAUGGGCGGCAUGGGCGACAUGGGCGGCAUGGGCGGCGCUCAGCAGGGUGGUCAGCAGGGUGGUGGUCGUAAAAGCUACGGGGGUGGCUCAGCGGGAGAUACUAUCGACGUCGACGCGCAAGUUUCUGAUCGAGAUUGA